AUGCCGGCUUCAACGUUGAAUACCGUCAACAAUGCCCUACGGACAGCCUUAUCGAAAAAGGAAUCGACCGAAAACUCGCUGGAUACGCAAAUAGCGGGCUCCACGAAGAAAGCUCUAUUGGCCAAUAUUGAGUUCGAAUCGGCGGGCACCUACCAAAACGCUGUCCUCGACCGACUGAAAUCCAAAUACAUAGUCCUAACGAGCCCCGAAACGCCGCCGCCUAGCAAACCCGAGGAGGAGACCAACUCCGACGAGUCGCUGAAGCUCCCCAAGCGCGAAUUGUUCCCGCUCAGCGCCGUGCAGAUCGGCUGGAACAAUUGCGAUUGGUCGAUCGGGGCCGGUAUGGUCAACAUGGGGAACACCUGUUACUUGAAUUCCACCUUGCAGGCCCUUUUCCACGUCCCCGCUUUAGUGAAUUGGUUAAUGUCCGACAAAGAUCACACUGCCAUCUGCCAAGAUUCAGGAGGUUUGUGCAUUAUAUGCGCGAUGCGUAAGACUCUACAAGACUCCCAACAACGUAACGCCAACUCAAUCCGUCCUCUAUUGAUCUACAACAAGUUGCGUUUGGUGUGCCGAAAUCUGAUACCCGGCCGGCAAGAAGACGCCCACGAGUUCCUCAGGUAUCUAGUCGAAGCCAUGGAAAAGGCUUAUUUGAAUCGAUUCAAGAACUGCUCCGACUUCGAUUCCAAAACCAAGGAAACCACGCCGCUCAACCAGAUCCUCGGCGGUUACUUGCGAUCGGCCGUCCGAUGUCUGAAGUGCGGUCACGUCAGCACCACUUUCCAGCAUUUCCAGGACCUGCUGGUCGACAUCCGGAAGGCCCAGACGCUCGACGAGGCGCUGGAAUUGUACUUUUCCAGGGAGAAGCUCGACGACGAAUCGUACCACUGCGAAUCCUGUCAGAAAAAGGUACCGGCGACCAAGCAGUUUUCGUUAGAACGCGCCCCGAUGGUGCUAUGCGUACAAUUGAAGCGGUUCUCGGUGACCAACAACAAAAUCACCAAGCACCUGAACUUCAGACAGAGAUUGGACCUGACGAAGUUUGCUCGACACCGCCCGAACGUGCCUCUGAUCUACCGUUUGGUGGCGCUCGUCACUCACAUGGGGCCCACCGUGAGCUGCGGACACUACACGGCCGUAGCGCAAGCGCCAUCCGGUAGUUUUUAUCAAUUCGACGAUAGCAUGGUUAGACCAAUUUCUCACCAAGCCGUGUUCAAUACAAACGCCUAUAUUAUGUUCUACGAGCUGGAGUCGUCUCCGUAUAGCCAGGCGGCCAAGCCCUCGACGGUCACUAGCAAGCUGAAAACUCCUCCGGCCACCGAAGCCAGUUCGAGCAGUUGUUCGUCGAACGCGAGCUCCUCGAACGUACCAAGUGCCUCUAAACAGUUCUCGAACGGUAUAGGUUUCACUAGUGAUAAGGUCUACGGGCCGGAACUGCCGCCCGAUAGAGUACCGGAGAAGUUGAACGGACACGUGACGAGUAGUAACGGUAAAGGCGAAUUGGAUUCGACGUCGGGUAGUUCGAGCGAACAAGACUCCGACGGUGAUAUCGCAAUCGAAUCAUCGACUAGUAAUAAUUGUAGUAAUAAGAAUGACGUAGUUAUCAAAGACGACGACAUUAGUUCCACUUGCGAUGAGACUGUCGAUACGAACGCCCGUAAGAAAUCAUCAUCUCCCUCAUCUCCCAACAUUUCCACGAGCAUUUCGAGUCUCUCCAGCCCCGACGUGACACCUAACAAAGCCGAUAAAUCUCCGAGUCCGGUAUCGACGAAGAAGAAACCGGUGGAGACGACGUCGCCGAUGACGAAGCCGCUGGUACCGUACGAAUCGGACGACAGCAGCUCCUCGUACGAUUCCAAUCAAUCGGCCAGCGAGCACGGUUCGAGAGUAUCCACCAAAGCGGCUGUAGGCGAUUGGCACGUGACAUCGUCCACCGACGUGGGGCAGGAGUUGCCGUCGAAGAACAGCGUUUGGACGAGACUGAAGAGUAAGGAACGUAGCGGAACUAAAGGAAAUAACAAGGUUGUGGACGAGUUGUUUAAAUUGUCGCAUGCCGGUUAUACGGCGCCCGUGUCGUCUUGGGACGGGUCGAAGUCGACGUUGGAGAAGGAGGUGCAGAACGAGAGACGGGAGGAUCGGAAGAGAGGUUUGCCGGAUAGUUCGGAUCAGGGGCGCGUGAAGCAGAUGAAGCUCGGUUCGGCGACUAAUUUCAAAUCGAAUCCUGGUUAUAAUCCGAUACAAGAAUUUCAUAAUACGAAGAAUUGGAAGCAUAACAACGGUAACGGAAACUACAAAGCUUUUUAUAGCGGCAACAGGCACAGGCGCAUUUUUCAUCAUAAGAACUUUCACAAAAACUAUCGCUAUAAACAGUGA